CGACCAUGGCCCAGUUCCUCUGAGCCCGAGCUCUUCCCAGGCUGCCCUUCCUCAGCGGCAGUCCCGCGGUGUAGCGCGUUCGGUCCAAGUAGCCACACGACCGAACACAAAGGAGGCGCCGUCCGAGCACGCUCCGGCGGUGUAGGCGGGGGAGGGGAGGAGGGGUGUACCGGCGAAGAUGGGUGGGCGGGCGCAGAUGGGCAAACGCAUCGCGGAGAUGGGGUUCAACCCCGGUGGUGGCGCCAUCAACUGGUUCCCCGGGCACAUGGCUGCCGCCACUCGGGCUAUCCGUGAUCGUCUCAAGCUCGCCGACCUCGUCAUCGAAGUGCGCGACGCCCGCAUUCCAUUAUCAUCCGCUAAUGAGGAUCUCCAGAGUCUGCUUUCCUGUAAGAGGCGUAUAAUUGCCCUAAAUAAGAAAGAUAUGGCAAAUCCGAACAUAAUGCAUCGAUGGGUACAGCAUUUUGAGUCAUGCAAGCAAGACUGUCUGUCAAUGAAUGCUCACCUCAAAAGUUCUGUAAGCCAGCUUCUAGCACUUGUGGAGUUGAAAUUGAAGGAAGUCAUUUCUAGAGAACCUACACUUCUUGUUAUGGUUGUUGGUGUCCCAAAUGUUGGCAAAUCAUCUCUUAUCAAUUCUAUCCAUCAGAUUGCAAAUUCUCGUUUUCCAGUGCAGGAGAAGAUCAAGUGUGCUACGGUGGGACCAUUGCCAGGUGUGACACAGGACAUUGCAGGAUACAAGAUUGCAAAUCGGCCUAGCAUAUAUGUACUGGAUACACCAGGUGUCCUUGUGCCUAGCAUACCAGAUAUAGAGACGGGCCUAAAGCUUGCUUUAACAGGGGCUGUCAAAGACUCAGUGGUUGGUGAAGAACGCAUUGCUCAAUAUUUAUUGGCAAUUUUGAAUAGUAGGAGAACACCUCUACAUUGGGAUCGCUUAGGUAAUGAACGAAUGCGGACAGCACCUGAGUUUGAUGGAAGAAACAAGAAUAUUUUUGCUGACUCAAUUCCAAAGAGGAGGAGGCAAUUGAAUGUGUCUGAUUCUGAUGCUUUGUACAUUGAGGAUCUUGUGAGAGAGGUCCAACGAACAUUGUAUCUCACAUUCAAAGAUUUCGAGGGCAAUUUGGAGGAAGAGGGUGAACUAGAAAGUCUGAUUGACGCUCAACUUACGGCACUCCGGAAAUCAUUUAGGAUACCAUCUCAUAGAGCAUGUGAUGAAGCUCGGACGAUGGUCUCAAAGAAGUUACUAACCUUAUUUAGGACAGGAAAACUGGGCCCAUUCAUACUCGACAACCUUCCAAAUUCUUCAUAAUCCUUCCCUUGCAAACAACAGAAUUGAAGUUUAUGCGCUGUAUAUAACAUGUUAUUUGAUGUGAGCCAUCACAUUCCUACUGUUAGGAAGGAAACAGGAAACCCCUAAAAUGAA